UGUCGUGGUUUGUACGGAUGUACUGUAUGUGGGAGGGGGUAGCUGCUUAGCAAAAGUCCAGGGAUGUGAAAGACGAGACAGACUGGAGGCCGGUCUCAAGCGUACAUCUGUCGUCCCGUCGGUGGUCACUCGGUCGGUCUGUCGCGAUGGAUUUCGUGCUGAGCGGAGUGGCGGCAUGCGGCGCUUGUGUGUUCACCAACCCGCUGGAGGUCGUCAAAACUCGCAUGCAGCUUCAGGGAGAGCUAAAGAGCCACGGAUCCUAUCAUGUUCAUUAUCGCAACGUCUUCCACGCUUUUUAUACUAUCGGCAAAGUGGAAGGACUAGUGGGAUUACAGAAAGGAUUAGUACCCGGGCUAUGCUAUCAGUUUUUUAUGAAUGGAGUCAGGCUCGGGUCGUACGCCAUCAUAGAGUCCUCGGGUUACAUCCACACCAAUGGAAGGGUCAGCGCUGUCAAAACCACAGUAGCAGGGGCUAUGGCUGGAGUGGUGGGAGCUGUGAUGGGCAGCCCCAUAUACUUGGUGAAGACUCACCUGCAGAGCCAGGCCACCUCCUCAAUCGCGGUUGGUCAUCAGUACAAGCACCAGGGGAUGACCCACGCCCUGGUUGCCAUCUACAGAAAUCAUGGCAUUCUGGGACUGUGGAGGGGCUCUAGCGCUGCAGUGCCGAGGGUCAGCGUGGGGUCGGCCGCUCAGCUCUCCACCUUCUCCUCCUCCAAGGAGCUCGUCAUUGACCUGCAGGUGUUUCCAGCGAACAGCUGGCUGGUGGCCCUCAGCGCCGGCAUGAUCAGUAGUGUGGUGGUGGUGCUGGCUAUGACUCCUUUUGAUGUGGUGAGCACGCGGCUCUACAACCAGCCCGUGGAUCAUUUGGGCAAGGGUCAGCUCUAUAAAGGAUUCACUGACUGCUUUUCCAAAACCCUGAAGAAGGAGGGAUUGACGGGGCUUUACAAAGGCCUGGGAGCGUCUUAUUUCCGACUCGGUCCACACACCAUUCUUUCGUUGUUUUUCUGGGAUGAACUGCGCAAAUUCUACCAGCCGUUCAGAUAACACCCGGGACGAAGACACUGGAAAAUGAGUAACUCAAUACGUUCUGAGUGCAGAAGGUUAAACGAAUCGUCGUUUAAUGAGUUUAUGAUUAUCCGGUGGAUGGUAACACCUGAAGGUGUUCUAGAGCAAAGGUAAUGUUUUACACUCCAGUUAAAAAAACACUUUAGAGUCAAAUGUGUCAAGAGUGAGGGUAAAAAUGUUAAAUUAUUGAGCUGCUGAAGGAUAUAUUGACUGCACUUGUCACAUAGAACCAUACAGUAUGCUGUUUAUUAUUAUUAUUUUUAUUCUGUGUGUUUGGGAAUUAGGAAAAUCUGAUCGUGAUACAAAUUCCUUGCAGCAGCCUUGUGCUUGUUUUCAGGUGAUGAAGAGUAUUCUAUACUGUAGCAACAUAGUUAAUCAUUUUGGCCUUGAGCAAUUUCCCUCAAGCAACUUUGCCUUUGACUCAUUAAAGCCAAUGAGAACCAGUUGAUAUCUCACUCACCAGUGAGUCAGCUGGUUGCAAAACCAAAACUUCUUUAAACUCUUUUUAGGUCUAUGUGGAGUUUCCUAAACUUUCUAAAGACUGCAAACAUGCCAGGCUCAAGUUUUGUGAACUGUAUAUAAUUGAGUCUUGAGUUUGAGUAGGUCAAAUGCAUCCUAGAAUAUAGUUACUGUCAAACAGUAUGUGGAGAAAAAUGUUUCCCAGCCUUACAAAAGGAUAAAUAUGUAAUGUGGUUAAAGGCAACUCUUGGACAAAGGCUUUGUUUCAAAAUGACGUCUGCAGCAGACAGAUUUCCUCUUUGGGUGAAGAAAGAAAACUCCACUAACAUGAAAUAUUUUAGGCCUCACAAACCAAAGCGAGUAUCCAGUGGAUCUGCCAAAAAAAAAAGGAUGUGAAAGGCAAUGCCCUCCCUAAGCACGUGGUACUGUACAAUAACAGGAGCCGUUACUCUUCAAUUAAUUAUUGCCAUGAGUUAGAAACCUUACUGCUGCUGUGCUAAAAUGUCUUGGUUAAGCAAAAAUCUGUUGGUGAAGCUAGUUGGUGAAUAGUGUGCCUUAAUAAACCUUUAGGAAUAAAAACAGUCCAUUUUAAUAUGUUACAGACGGGACGUUUAUCAGCUCGUCCAUUGACUCCGUCUGCUUGAGUUUUGGUUCUAUGAAGUGUUCAUAAUUGAGCCCAACAGUCAGAUUACCAUGAAAUAGAAACUGUUGGUAACAUUUUGAAGUUCCACAAAACUUUGUGGAUUUUGAUGCUUUCUUAAUAAGUGUAGGAUGCCCAUGAUUUUGUUUAUAUGAGCAUUAUUAGUUAUUCCCGACCACCUUUGAAUGCAACAGCACAAUGUGACAUGUAACAAAUGUACUGUAGCUCUACGAAUAGAGUUCCCUGAAGUUUGUGACAGAAGGCAGGAAACUGUUAUUUAAGUUUAUUAAAUAUUAUGAAGUCUUGAACUUUAAAAGAACUGAGUUUUGGCAAUUUUUCUGUUUUUAAAUGUGUUUUUCUUGAUAUAAUUGUGCUCAUUUGUUCUUUGUAUAUGAUUCCUUAUGGAGUUUGGCGUUUUUUUUGUAAGGGAACAUGAUUUUUUAUUUUAGUUUAAUUGUUAAGGUGGUAUUGAUAGGUGUACUAGGCAGCAGUACGGCAUAUCCAAAUACUGAUGGAACAAUUUUAGGGUGGAUCAAAAUAUAAUGGUACUGUGGUCUUUGCAUGGAACCCAAAGGGAACAUGGAUUCUUCCACAUCUGUCACUUCAGUGGUUUCAUGAGACUUCUGUCAAACAAAAGUUGUGCCAAAAGUUAUGUCAUUAACAAUUACCAAUC